AUGCUUGGAACUAAAUUUGGAAUUAGUUCAAGAUGCUUUCCAUCGACUAUAUUGAAGCUAGGAUAUUAACCAGAAACUAUACCUAAAGGUAAUUGCUAUUAAUUUUAAUGUGCUGCUGAAGGAAGAGAAGUGUAUGUUUUAGUUGCAGGAUAGAAAGUCGUUUGCUAGUAAAAUUCAUAAAAGUUGUCAGUUAAAGGAUAUAGUGGAUAUAUUGUAUGUCCAGAUAAUAUAUUCAAGUUUUGUAGAUAUAAAAGAUUCUGUCCCAAUUUCUGUAGUGCAAACGGAGUUUGCAUAAACAAUAGAUGUAUUUGCCUUAAAGGAUUCUAUGGACCAGAUUGCUAUAGUAAUAAACCUGUUUGA